AUGUUUCCCAAGAAGAAGCUAGACACUAAUUGGAUAUGGACUUCUGGCAGAGGCGAGCUACGUCUCAAUGUCAUGUUUGGUAACGAUGAAAUUGACGAUAUGACACGAAAAAAAGUGGCCAAAACAGGAGAAACUGGAACAUUUGAUGUAGCUCCACUCAUCAUCGAUUCAUUUUCAGCCUUCGUUGUUGGUGCAAAUAAUAAUCCGGUGCCUGGUGUACAUCCAUUUCGUAGAAUACACCCCAGUGAUAAAACAAUGACAAUUAGAUUUGAAUGUUCAUCGGAAGUCAUUGCUAAGGAAGUCAUGUCACGUGUGAUCGAUGGCGAUUAUGAUGUAGAAUUUGCAUUCUUCUUUGCUGGGCUCAACAAAGUCUCAACAAGUAUAGUGUCAAUCACCAGCGAUUCAUUAAAAAGUGUUCUCUCAAAAGCAACAGCUGACGGAGAAAAUACAAAAGCAACUUAUAUUCAUAAAGGCCAGGCCAACAAAUUUAUUUCUAUCUAUUUGGCCAACGUUAGAAAGAUAAUUUACAAAGAAGAUCCAAAGUCAAACACAUCCAGUUUAACUGCUGGAUUAGAAGACCAAUUUGUUUCACUAAUGCACCAAGUUUGGUCUUCUAGUGACUUAAAUCCUGAUCGUCUUACUUCGGAACUCAAUAAAAUCUUCACUUAUAAUCAGGCGGAAACUAAUUAUCGUAAUACAAGUGAUAAAUACUAUGACUUUCAUGAAGAAUAUGCCAAAUCAUUGGCGGUGUCAGCUCCAUUUAAAAGCUCAGCUAGCAUUCUUGGAAUUCUAUCACGAAGUAUGGACAUAUCUGCAUCAGUUAAUAAGGCUGAGUCGGGUGCUACCGGAAAAACAACGCAUGAUGUUAUCUCCUUGACAGAUAUUAAAAAAUAUCUUGAUCAGAAGUCGAUAGAAACUGAAUGGAAAGGAGAAAAGGUUAUACCGAAAUCAUUUCAAGUUUAUAAACUGACAGAUAUCACUGACAAUCUACAAGUUACUCUAAUGGCAAAAGAAUUGACCGCUGAGAAAACGAAUCAUGCAAUGAUUCGAACAAUGAGCACAUUAAACCUGCCUCGGACAUUCGCUGGCAGUCAUCCCCCCUUUCCUUGGCUUUUCUGUAAUGGAACUGCAGUUUCGUGUAUUGAAUAUCAACGACUCUUUUCUGUUAUCGGUGAAUCAUUCGGAGCUCGAGAUGGAAAAACAACGUUCAAUGUGCCUGAUUUUCGCGACCGUUUCCCACUAGGUCUCAAUCCAAUCGGAAGUCGGGUAAACGGUUGGACAAAAGGAAAUAAAGAACACACCCUCACAAUUAAUGAAAUGCCUACUCAUCGCCAUAGUGCGGGUACAUUAGACACUGCCUAUGCAGGCACACAUAAACAUACAGUCAAUUAUCCAGGUCAUAAUCAUGGGGGUUUCACGGCAAACAGCAACAACGACAUUAUGGAUCGCGGGAACGACGGCCCCCAAACCGUCGGUCGCGGCGGCGGCGGCCUCUACUCCUUCUGGCGUCAUCACCACGGAAUUCCGGGGGGACAAACUGGAAUAACCAUCGGCAAUGAUGGCACUCAUUCUCAUUCAAUAGAAGGGUCAACAGCUUAUGAGGGUGGUGGGAAAUCAUUCAGCAUUAUGCCACCUUACCAGACAAUUGCUUAUAUCAUUUUCACUGGAGAGAAUUGUGCUUGA